UUCUUCCAGACUUUUUUUUUUUUUUUUUUUGUCCCGGGGAUCGAACUCAGGACCUUGCGCUUGCGAGGCAGGCGCGGCGCCACUGAGCUAAAUGCCUGGCCUUCUUGCAGACUUCUUAGCCUGAGUCCCUGCAUCUGUCAAGCGGUCGCUGGGCGCGUCGGCAGUGCACUCUUCCGACGCUUCUCCCGUUUUUUUCAGAACGAUUGCUUCUCUUUCUCCACCUCCCCUCCCCUCAGUCUCUUCCUCCUUCCCUCCCUCCUGGUAGGGAGGCUCUUGGCCCCGAUCCCUGAGCCCGAGCGGGUGCAGGCAAACGAGGCAAGAAGGGUGAAGUCACAUCUCCCCUGAGCCCGGUGCCGCUGGCUUUUCGGAGCCUCGCCAUGAGCUCGCAGCCACAGCCGCCGACCUCGCCGACCGUGCGCUCCUCAGCCCUCCCCGCGCCACCGACUUCGCCCAUGUCUCAGUACGCCCCCGGCUCGGACCUCAAGGGGGCUUUGGACAGCAGCAGUCCGGAGGCCAACACUGAAGAUGACAAGACAGAGGGGGACAUACCCUUGCCGAAGAACUACCUGUGGCUCACCAUCUUCUCCUGUUUUUGCCCCGCGUACCCCAUCAACAUCGUGGGUUUGGUCUUCUCCAUCAUGUCUCAGAACAGCUACAAUGAAGGUGACUACGAAGGAGCAAGGAGGCUGGGGCGGAAUGCCAAGUGGGUGGCCAUUGCCUCCAUCAUCAUCGGCCUUAUCAUCAUCACCAUCUCUUGUGUGGUACACUUCACAAGGAAGAUGAAAACUCCAGGCACAUUUUCACUCCUGUCACUGCCCAUAAUAAUACAGCAUAGCACUGAAGGGUGCCUACUUUGAAGCUGGACUGCUGCAGUUUCAACCCAGUGCCUGAGGAGCCUGCAGUUGACUGCAAGCAUGGAGGACGACCCUCAUUCACACACCCAGAAGUUUGUGAGGAAUGGAUCCUUGACUUUAGACUGUGAGAUCUCUUCCUCAGGACUCUCCAGAGGCGGGUCCCUGGCAAAUGAACAGCAACAACAAAAAGUCCAAAAUUUAGGAAAUUCAAGCCAUACAGCCACAUCAGCCAAUGUCAUUGCUUUGUAAAAAAGAAGAAAAUGAAAUCUCAUUGUGUCCACUGACAAGCUCUUUGUGUGCAUCCUUCUUCUCCAGAGAUGACUUCCAGAGAUCUCAUUCCUCUCCAUUGGGUAGGGGUCUGGAUCUCGGAGGUAGGAGGCUCCAGGAAGAUGCUGGUGUUUAUAGCAUCAAGAACAAACGUUUGCAGCAUGUUUAAAGUUAUCUAAGACAGUUAAAUCCAUGGGUUACUUUCCUUUCAUUUUUUUCAUGAUGUAGAUUUGCUUCAAUCUUUAGUAACUGCUUCCCCAUCAGCACUCCCAGAACCCCCUAACCAGGUCAUCAAAGACCUGAAGACUCUCUGGCCUUCUGUCUUGAUCCUUAUUUUUCCUAAUAGCACCCCAUCCCCAACUCUCUUGCUUGCAUCCACAUUGGUCAAUUGCUCAUAACCUCAAUCUUCACUCAAGCCGACUCUGAAAAUGUACUAAGGGGUCAAUCCUAGGCUAGGAGCAUCCUCUCCAUCCCAAGUUUGGGAAUUGUCUGCGUUUACAGAAUAUACUCCCCCCAACACCUACCCUCCUAGUAGCUAGUCUUUCUCCCUCUCUUCUCAAGCAAGGUUUUUGGUUUUCCUGGAUCCCACCUGGAAAUGUUACCCCUCUGUAUUUCUUUUCUGUCAAAGGCAAAUCUUUUAGGUCUGAAUGAGUUGGUUUGAUGACACCAUUAUUCUGCCUGCCAGGACAUGCUACCAGGGUGUUUUGCCAAGUAUGUGCCACAGGUGGUACACAGAUAAUUUCGAAUCUGUUCAUAGACACAUUCAUUGAUACUGAAUCCAUAGUAACCCUUUUCUAUUCUUUUUCAAUCCUGAUUACAGCAAGGGGAAAGUCUGUUUUGGUCUAAUGGGUCCUUAACACCUUUCUGACACUAUGGUUCCCUGGUCUUUUAAACAAAAAGCAGCCCUCAGGCUUGGUCUUCUGUCUACAGAGAAUUCAAUGAUGCCGUUUUGUUUGCAUGGUAUUUAUUUUAUGUAUUACUUUCCAUUUGUGGCUUUGCCAAGAUGUGUGUGCUAUAUUGUUUCUGUUCAAAUAAAUUUACCUAAAAAUAAAAGGACUCAAAGACAAAUAGCAGGUAAUUAACAUAACAAGUGAUAUAUAUGUAUAUAAAUGACAAAGGUCACUUCAAGAAGUAAUGUUAGAAACACGGUGGUUACAAACUUUUAGAUCUAAAAGAAAAGGCAGCUUAUUCUAAUUGAAUGAUCAAGAGGCUGAGAGUCAAAAUACCUUUUUCUUUUUUCAUUUACUAGCUAUGCAAGCUGAUUUGAGACACGUUUCUUAGCUUCUCUGUGCUUCAAAUUUCUUCAACUGGAAAAUGGAGAUAAGAAUGUUUGCCUACUUACCUCACAAUGUUAUAAAAAUUGUCAUAAAAUAUGAACCCCUGGGGGGAAAUUCUAAGUGCUGGGCAAACACAAAAUAUGGUUCUUAGAACAUUUUAAAUCUUAGGCAUUUGUUAAAAUACUGAACCCUAGCAAAAAGAUAAAAGCUGAUAGACACCGGAUUCCACCUGUCAGUUCACCCAGAUGUCUGUCGUGAGUCAGCACUUGUCCCAGGAGGACACUGAGUCAGGGACAUGAAUUCUCAGCCUACAGGGAUGCUAGCACCAUUCCAAUAUAUUGGAUCUUGAUUUCUGACAUUUUGUUAUUUGUUUAUGUGUGUUUGGGUCCCUUCCUAGUCUUUUAUCCAAAUCAGAUGAAAAGUGAUGCUGAGAGGCAGAAUAAAAAUGGUUUUAAGACUGUCUACUAUGGUAUG